UUUCAGAGAUGAUUAUUCUCAUUGUGUUGCUGAGUUUUGCUGCUGUGUUACAACAACCUGCUUCAAAAGCACAUGCAGUAGGAAUUGGACCAGCUGAGCGAAAGCAGAUUCUUGACAAGCACAAUGCCCUGCGGAGAGGAGUGCAGCCGACUGCAAGCAACAUGCUGAAGAUGGGAUGGAAUUCGGCUGCUGAAGCGAAUGCAAAACGCUGGGCAAACAAUUGUCAAUUUGGUCACAGCCCAAGCAACCAAAGAGUUGCCGAUGGAAUCUCAUGUGGUGAAAAUAUAUUUGCAUCAUCUCACGCCACUUCAUGGAAUGACGUGAUUCAAGUUUGGUACGACGAGGUGAAAGAUUUCAAGUACGGUGUUGGAGCAGUCCGUCCAGGGGCCGUAACUGGUCAUUACACUCAGGUGGUUUGGCACAAGUCUCACCUAAUUGGUUGUUAUGAUGCCUAUUGUCCUCAAAGCUCCAUGAAAUACCUCUACGUUUGCCAAUACUGUCCUGCAGGGAACAUAAUGGGAUCACUUCAAACCCCCUAUAAGUCUGGAUCACCUUGUGGGGACUGCCCUGGCUCAUGUGACAAUGGAUUAUGCACCAAUCAUUGAAAAUAUACAGAUAAGAACAUCAACUGUGAAGCUGUAGUGAAAGCACAAGGAUGCAAUAACAAGGAAAUUAUGCA